AUGACCGAGGCGGAAGAGUAUAAAUCCCGUGGUAGUGGACUUACUAUGGAGUCCAUAGACGGGCUGUUGGUGGGGGUAUAUAAAUAUAUACCCAUGGGCGAGUCAUCAUAUAUACAAUUGCGGGAAUUUAUUGACAGAAAGCGGGCUACAAUAAACCCCCAAAACAGUGAUCAAGAAUGUUUUAAGUGGGCAAUACUAGUGAGACAUGUGACAGGACCACCGUUAUAUCGUGUYGGGCAAAAUUAUACUCAACACGAGAACAAAUAUAACUUCGAUGGCAUUUCGUUCCCAACGCCUAUAUCGGAUAUAUCGAAAUUUGAAAAAAAUAAUCCUAACUUUUACGGCUUAGAAAAAAAGUUUCAACCUCCUAGAAAAUAUCCAACCUAUGAGGUCUACCCGUUGCGUGUGGUGAAUGAAGAGAAACCGGACCAUUUCGAUCUGUUGUUGUUGAGUGGACAGGAGGCUUUGGAUCAGCAUAAGAAGAUAUGCGGUGAACACAAACCAAUAUUACCAGUGAUGCCGGCAGAGAGGAGUAUUUUGGAGUUUGAAGGUUGGGGUAAGACACAACGUCAUCCCAUAGUAAUUUACGCGGAUUUUGAAGCAAUCCUGAUGAAGACGGAUGAAAAGAAGGGAAAAAGCACGACAGUAAUACAUAGGCAUAAACCUAUGAGCUACGGUGUAUAUGUGAAAGCGGCGGAAAAUGUACCUCGCGAACUGCUUGAAAAACAUAGCAUACCUACAUCAGUAAUUAUUCAUCGAGGUUCAGAGACGCAUACGGAGGUGGCAAAACAUUUUGUUGAGACAGUUGUAGAUUUAUCCAGAAAAAUUAUAAUAAUGAGUGAGGAACAACAAAACGAGUAUAAUAGGAGUACAGCAUGCGAUUUGUGUAAAAAAGAGUAUACAAUAUUAAAUAGAAAAGUACGAGACCACUGUCACUUAUCCGGUCAGUAUCGUCAAACUAUUUGCAACAGAUGUAACCUAACAUUACAAACACCAAAUUUUGUACCUUGUUUCCUACACAAUUUAAGUAAUUAUGACGCACACUUCAUUACCGUGGAGCUGGGAUAUGAUGAACGCAGUACAACACUGAUUCCUAACAGCGAGGAGAAAUUUAUCUCAUUUAGUAAAUAUAUUUCAAACAAAUUUACCCUUMGAUUUAUAGACACUUUUAGAUUCAUGGCUUCAAGCUUAUCCUCUCUCUCGAAAAAUUUAAUGACACCUGGAUUAGACAAGUUUAGAGAAACUUCAAAACAUUUUUCCCGUGAUGAUAUGGCUCUAGCGACGCGGAAGGGGGUGUACCCGUACGAGUAUACAGAUUUUUGGAGGAAAUUGAAUGAAGCAUCACUACCACCAAAAGAGUYAUUCUACAGCACGCUAACCGAGGAAAAUAUUAAAGAAAAGGAAUACGAACACGCAGUCACAGUAUGGAACCAUUUCAACUGCAAAACGCUGGGAGAAUAUAGCGAUCUAUAUUUGAAAAUAGAUGUAUUACUGCUGGCGGAUAUAUUCGAAAACUUUAGAGAUAUUUGUCUGUCAACGUAUAGACUUGAUGCGGCUUUUUAUUACACGGCUCCUGGAUUAAGCUUCAAUGCGUGCUUGAAAUUCACCUCCAUAAAACUUCAAAUUUUGGCCGAUUAUGACAUGUUAUUGAUGUGUGAAAAAGGUAUACGCGGGGGUCUUACACAAGCGAGCAUGMGUUAUGGUAAGGCGAAUAAUCGGAAAACACCUGAAUAUGAUGUGAAUAAACCAGACUCUUGGAUAAUUUAUCAAGACUCAAUGGCCGAGUGCAUGCCAUAUGGUGGCUUUGAAUGGGUAGAACCUACACUUGAUGGAUUAGAAAAUUUAAACGAUACAUCUGAGAUAGGACGGAUGUAUGAGGUCGAUAUAGAGUAUCCACAACACCUACAUGAUGAGCACAACGAUCUACCAUUCUUGCUGAACAGCGAUAUACCACCUGAAUCUAAAAUAAGGAAACUCAUGGCAACACUAGAAUCUAAAGAACGGUAUAUUGUACACUACCGUMAUUUGAAACAGGCGAUGGCAAAUGGUUUGAAAGUGAAAAAGGUUCACAGAGUAUUGCAGUUCAAACAGUCUAAAUGGUUGGCUAAAUAUAUUAAUUUAAAUUCUGAGAUGAGGAAGAAGGCGAUGAACCAGUUUGAAAUUGAUUUCUACAAACUGAUGAACAAUAGUGAAAAAUUAUGGAAUCGAUGA